UCGAUCCUGCUCGAUCCUUCCCGUGAAUCUCCCAACUCAUCUCUGAUAAUAAAUGUCAUUAAAUGUCAUUAUUAAAGUUAUCAAUCAUUUAAUCUAUGGUAUUAGAUUUAUUGACAAGAGGAUUGCAAGAUGUCUAAAAUUGAAUGGGUCGUGGAACCGGUUGAAUAUGAAAAGCCUGCGAGUGCCUUUGGCGAAGAAGUAACGGUGCAUCCUUUGAAGCCCGCUAUGAUACAGAUGGUAGAUGGUCAUGGUGGUAAACAGGUGUCCUUGCACGGAAUUACCGGUAGUACUUCAAUGGGCACUCCAACUCUUUCAUAUAUUCCCAUUAAUAAUUUAGCUACAGAUCCUUUAUUAAAUCAUUCUUCUUUGGAUGGUUCUGAUCCCUUAACGCAAUUUGCUCGCGAGGAUACGGACCCAUUAUCAAAAAUAGCUGCCGAUGAGUGGGACUAUUCAGCUAAUGUGUCAGUUGGUAAGAAAUCGCGAAACAUUUUGGAGGAAAAUGAUGAAUCCUGGGCAGUUAAAAGAGCCUUCAUUCUUGGCAAGUACACAACAUCAGAGAAAUUAUCAAUCAUAACAAGCUUUUUACCAGCUGGUGAGAAAGUCAUUGUAAAAAUUCAACAAACCGGUGCUUUGGUGGAUAAAGUCAAAACAAGACUAGAGCAACUCGAUGACUUUGAGGAAAGUUCAGUUAGACAGAUGUUAGAUUUGUCGCAACAAGAGUAUACAGCCCAGAUUGAGCAACUCAACAAUGAGCUUGUGCAGGCCUGGCAAUCGGAUCAACGUGUGAAGGCAUUGAAAAUUGCAAUUCAGUGCGCAAAAUUAUUAGUGGAUACUUCCGUCAUGCCUUUCUACCCGAGCAAGUUUGUACUGAUUACAGACAUCCUUGAUAUUUUUGGCAAGCUAGUCUACGAUAGGCUCAAGAUGAAAUCUCAAAACUAUUGCAAGCCAGGAAGUAAAGUACCAAACAGUUUGCCCGAUGACUUCACUGCUGACAUGGUGCCAGAGAGUGCAAAGGAAACAUGUCGGAAUUGGUUUUAUAAGAUAGCAUCGAUAAGAGAACUGGUACCAAGACUUUACGUAGAAAUGGCCAUAAUCAAAUCUUACAGUUUCUUAACAACGAGUCCUGUAAGCGAUUCACCGCAUACUUCGUCGAUUCCGAACGAUGGAAGUGCGGAGUAUACGUCAGCAUUGUUACGCAUAACUCGUAUGAUUAGAGGUAUCGGCAACCCUCUGGUUGCUGUUUUUGCCAGAUGCUACUUAUGUCGAGUGGGUCGUGCUUUGGGACGUACAUCAGACCAAGAGAUUAUAAAAGAGAACUUGUACGAUUUUCUCUUUACGUAUCGACAGCUUUUUUCUCAAUCAGUUAAAAAUGAAAUAAGCAAGCAAGAUGUAUCAUUCCACUUAUAUUUGAGUCUGUACACCCCCGCAUUGGAUUGGAUAGUAGAAGUUAUGGCAGCAACAUCAACGGAUGAUGUUUUGGAUGAAAUACUUUCCCGGUGCAAGCAACAAACGUACAUUGGAUUGCUAUUAAAUACGAUUCUGAAUGCAUUUAAGCCAACGUAUGUAGCACCUCGUUCGAUGGAAUUUGUUAAAUUGGUUGAAACAUGUGUAAAUGAUGGUUUUCCUCAGUACCUCCUGUAUCGUAGCCUUGGCGAAUGCCUCUUGCAAGAGUCACCACCAAAGGAUGAUUGUCAACUUGUCCUUACCACGGUUUGGAAGUACGUGGUAGAACUUCACGAUCCUUCUCAGUUCAUGCACUGUACAGAAAUUUGGAUCGAAUUCGUCGUUACCCACUUCUCCACGAGCGAGUUGAACGGGUAUCUAGGUGAAAUAAUUAGCCACUUGACUCCAAAUAGAUCCUUCGAACACUUCUACCCUCAACUACAAAACAUUGUCAAGAAGAUCAUCGUUCGUACGCAGGAUCUCGAAUCUCUUCUAACAAUGGAGAAUUUCUUGCCUCUGAUCGAUCUCUUCCACAAGGACAACAUAAAGGUGGAUGUUUGUAAGACAAUUAUCGAAGGACUUAGCGUGCAGACAGGUUCGAUUACAGAUCCAGUGAUCAUCAAUGCCCUCAUGUUUAUUGCUAAGAUAAUGCAUGAUUCAGUCAGUGCUCUCACCGUUGAAGACGAGAAGAGACAGAUCGGCAAUCUAAUUUGCGGCUUGGUGCAACGCGUCGAUUAUGGACGAGAUUUCGAGAAACAAUUGAAUUUUUACGCGGAAGCUAGAGCUGCCUUUCCUAACCUUGACUCGGUUCACAUUCAACUGGUACAGUGUGUCAAUAGACUAUCCAUAGACACGAGAAAGAUCGUAAGAGGCCAUCACACAAGAAGGACGUCGGCAUUCGUUCGGGCUUGUGCAGCCUUUUGCUUCAUCACAAUUCCAUCGUUAACUUUGGUAUUCACAAGGCUUCAAUUGUACCUACUUUCCGGUCAAGUGGCACUUCUGAAUCAAUGCUUAGGACAAGCCGAUGCCUGCUUUAAAGCUGCUCUGAAUUUGGUAUCCGAAAUGCCAAAGACAAUUGACAUCGAUGGGAGGCAAAAAAAUUCAGAACCCUGCUUACUCUCGUACCUGUCGAAUUUUCUAUCAACCCUACUUGUUGUGCCAGAUAGUCCGGAGCAUGGAGUACUAUACUUGAUGAGAGGUCUGUUAAAUGCAGUUCAGCGUUGCUUCGACGAGAACUCGUCGACAAAAGCGCAUCUGUAUUUAAGGGUUCUGGACCUACUGUCGACUGUAACUCAAGAAAAUUAUCCUUAUCAUAUUGACAAGGUCGACUCGAAUGACAAGCUGUAUGGCUCGGAUAAAAAGUUCGUCAGCGAAGUGAACAAAAUUUGUACGACGAUAUUGGAGGAACUACUUAAUCACUUGAAGUAUCUUGGGUCUACCGAACAAUACGAGAAGCAGUCCAUACUAGCUCUGGAACUUUUUACCAGAAUAAUCGUUCGCGCAGAUCUACGACAACCAGCCUUGGCAAAUGUAGCAGUAAACCUGUGGAAUCUAUCUCAAAGGCACUCGACCGUAGAUCAAAAACUCCGGAUGAAGACUUUGGAAUACAUGAAACGAAAAAGUCGGCGGCCACGAUUUCAGCACUUCACCGACAUACUUAUGAAGAUAUCAAAACGCAUCUAACAUUUAUGGUACGAGAAUGAACUUACGCAUAAAUUAAUAAACAAUU